AUGGAUAAUGUCGGACAACAAUCAUCUGCUUCCACCUCUUCCACACCCUCUGCCGCUUCACAACCCACGAGCGUUGGUGCUGAUCUAACUUACGUUCCAUACUCUUCCGAAUUGCAGCUACCUAGAAUCAUGAGCUUGAUCGAAAAUGAUUUAUCUGAACCUUACUCCAUAUACACGUAUCGUUAUUUUAUAAACAACUGGCCUAAUUUAUGUUUUAUGGCAAUGGAUCAGGACGAGUGCAUUGGUGUGAUAAUCUGUAAGUUGGAUCAACAUCGAGAGGCUUUACGUGGUUAUAUUGCCAUGUUGGCUGUAAAAAAGGAGUAUCGAAAGAGGAAGAUCGGAUCUACGUUGGUGAGGAUGUCUAUUAAUGCUAUGAUAAAACAAGACGCCGAUGAGGUAACGACGACAGCGAUUUCAAAUGUUCAAUUAGAUAAACGAUUGUAUAGAUAUUAUCUUAAUGGCGUGGAUGCAUUUCGUUUGAAAUUAUUUUGCAAAGGUGGCGAACAAGUCGUUAAAGAGGAAUCCCCAAUUGUGGUACAUGCAGACACAACAGAAUUUACAGAAGAAAGCAAAACAAAUGUUGAGAAGGUUAGUAGCAGCAGUAUAGAAAGUCAACCACAGGCGCAACCACAAUCACAAAAGCAACAACAAUCACCUCAAACUACAAAUGAUGAUUCUGUAAAUAAUUUACCUUCCAACACUUUGCCUUCUUCAACAAUUGUACCUAAUAACAAUACUGGACUUGUCGAGUAUAUCUGUCAUCCGACUGGCGAAUGUGAGCCUUGUGAAGUACUCGAAUCGAAAACCGAAAAGUACUGUGAUGAAUAUGGUAAUAAAGAACCUGUAGAGUGUCGUUAUGUACCUGAUGAUCAAUCAUCCGGAAAUGUCUCUUAUCCAAAUCGAGGUCCCCUACCGGAGUUUCGGGCUUGUAAAAGAGUUAAAAGAUUUGAGAGAACAAAAUACUUUGAAUUCCAGUUUAUCAAUUUCAUUGUCGCGGUUACGUCAUGUUCAAUAUUAAUAUGGAGGAGGAGAAAACUUGCAGAAGAUGGAUAUAGAAGGCUGGCGAGAAGAAUAAGGGGCAACACUUUAUGA